AUGAGUUCAGUGAAUGAAGAUAAUCAAAUGGAACUUGACUUGAAGAAUGAUGAUGUGGUUGAUGUUGAAAAGGAUGUUAUAACUAACCAUGCUGGAAAUAUUAAUGUAAAUAGUGAAAAUGGAAGUAACGUAGAAAUUAAGGAAGGUGAUGAAAAGGAUCAUAUCCAAGAGAAUGAUAAAGAUGAAACUAAUGUUGUUAAUGAAGUUGAUCUUAAAGAUGAUGAAGUUACUUAUGAGAAUAAUAAAAAUGAAGAAAAUAAAAGUAGCAAUCGUUGGGCUGAUAUGUGUGAAGAUUGUGAUGCUCCAUUAGUGGAUACUUACAAUGACAAUAAUGAUAUGAAGGGCAAAGUUGUUGAUAACAAUUUUAAUAACAGCGAUAUGAAUAAUAAUAUGAAGCAGAAUUAUUAUAUGGCUCCAAAAAAUGAUAUGAAUAAUUAUGCCACGUGCUACGAAAUAUAUAUACGCAACCUACACAUUGAUAUUACCAAAGAAGAAAUAUAUAAUUUGUUUGACGGGUACCGAAUAAAAAGAAUAAACAUUUUAAACAAGAAGGGGAAAACAGCUGCUGCAUAUGUUGAGUUCGAUAACAUAGAAGAUAUGAACAGAUCUUUAGAAUUGAAUGGGAAAAUGAUAUAUUCUGGAAAUAAUUCUUUUGAACAUGGUACUAUAUCUGUAAUAAUAAAUAAAGACAAAAUGAAGAAUUUUCAUGUAAAUCAGAAGCAAAAUAAAUUUAAGAAAAUGAUAAAUAGAAAUAAUAAUAAUAAUUUUAGUAAUAUUCGUCAAGGAAAUAAUAACAUGAAUAAUAUUAUGAAUAAUUACAACGGAAACAAUAAUAAUAAUAGUAAUAAUAAUAAUAAUAAUAAUAAUAGUAGCAAUAAUAAUCAUAUGAGCAACAACAAUAAUAAUAAUAAUAAUAUGUAUAACCAUAUGAAUAACAAUAACCCAUUUUUUAAUGAUAAUAAUAAAAACAUGAAAAUGGAUAUGAUGAAAAAUGUAGGAAAUACAAUAAAUAAUAAUAUGAAUCAAAAUUUUAACUAUAAUAAUAUCAAAGGAAGUUAUUUAAAUAAUAAUCAACAAGUAGGAGGUUCAAAUGUACAUAUGAAUCACCAACAAAAUAAUAUGUUAAAUGAUAAAAUGAAUAAUAAUGCUUUUAAUUUUAAAAACCAGAAUUAUCUAAAUAAUAAUCAUAUGAAUAAACAAAGUAUUGCUGAUAAUAAUAAUAAUAAUAAUAAUAAUAAUAACAAUAUUAAUAAUACUCAAAGCGGAACAGAACAAAGAAAAAAAUUAAUUCUGAAAAAAAGAUCUGUACCACUUGACCAAAAAAGUUAUGUAGUCAAUCCUAAUAUUUUUGGUGAAGCCAAACCUGUUGAUAUUGAUCCAGAAAAAAUAUUAAAUGAAAGUACUACAAAGGAAAAAGACAUGAACGACACAAAUAGCAACAAUAAUAAUAAUAAUAAUAAUAACAAUAGUGAUGAUGAUGCUGAAAAGAAAAAUGAAAAUAUCGAAGAUAUGGAAAAGAAAAAAGAACAACAAGAAGGUACAGAUAAAUAUAAAAAAUUAAGCCAUCUAAACAACAAUACUACUAAUAAUAAUAAUAUUAACGAAUUUAAUAAAGAUAACAAAAAUACUAACAUGUCUAGUAACAAAAAUGUUUUCAAUUAUAAAAAAAAUAACAACACAAAUAGAAACUUUAAUUAUAAUAACAAUUUUGCAAACAAUACAAAAAAUAACAACAAUAAUAUUAAUAACAACAACAACAAUAAUAAUAAUAAUAAUAAUAAUAAUACGAAGAAAAUAUUUAUGAUGAAUAAAAAUAAUGCAAAUAAUAACAUGAAAAAGAAUAUGAACAAUUUAGAAAGUAACAAUAUGUCAGGAAAUAAAAACUUAGCAAAUUUAAAUCAUUCGGGUAAUACCAACAGUAAUAAUAUGGUUAAUGAUAUGAACAACAAAAAGAUGAAUAAUGUGAAUAAUAAAAAUUUUAAUAAAAAUAUGGAUAACAAUAAUAUAACUAGAGAUUUUAGUAAUUUAAAAAAUAAUACUCCGGAUGAUAAUAAAAAAAAUAUUAAUGUUAGUGUUAUACAUAAUCACAUAUACGAAAAUAAUAAUAAGCUGUAUGGUUCAAAUCAAGAGGACGAAACAUCAACAAAUAAUAACAUGAAUAAUAAUUAUGUAAAUAAUGAAAUGGGAACCAGUGGUAAUAUGAAAGGAAAAUUUAAUAACUUUAGAAAUACACAUGGUAAUAUGGACAAGAAAAAUGUAGAUCAUAAUAAUAAUAACACACCAUAUCAGAAGAAAGAAUUAAAUAUAAUAAAAAAAGAUGAUAAAGUUAAUAUUAAAAAUAUUAUUAUGAAAAAUAUUAAAAGAGAAGAUAAUAAUACAGCACCUUACAAUUCAGGUGUGAAUUUGUCUAGCUCAAGUAACUUUCGUAAUGAUAGUUCAUCAAAUAUGAGAGGUCAAAAAAUGAAUGAGAAGAAAAAUGUAGAAAAUGAUUUAUUGAAUAAUGAUAGAGACGGUUUAAAAAAUAUGGAUGACGAAGAAGGAUAUGACAACAUCAACAGAAAUAUGAAUUCGAAGGGAAAUACUGAAAGGUAUAACAACAACAUUAAUAAUAAUAAUAAUAAUAAUAAUAAUAAUAGCUCGUACAAUUAUAAUAUGGAAAAUCUUUAUGAUAGCUCAUUGAAGUAUGUAAAAAAUGCUAACAACUUAAACAAAACAAAGAAAAUUACAGCUGUAAAAACCGUUAAAGUUAUAGCAACAGAAAAGAAAUAUGAUGAUGAAAAUGGAGAUGAAGAAAAUAAAGAUGAUAAUAAUAGUAAUAACAUAGUAAAUGGAGAAACAGGAAAUGAAAAACAUUACAAAGAUGAUAAAUAUCAUGAUGAUAAAAAAUUAGACAAUACCAAUGAAUCCGUAAAAAGUAAUGAUAAUUAUACUUAUGAAUCAGAUGUCUCAGAUACUAAUAAUACUAUAGAUAAUAAUAAUAAUAAUAAUAAAGAUAUAACAAGUACUAACCUCAAAUCUACUUUAUUACAAACAAAAACAAAGAGAAGAGUUAAGAAAAAAACAACAGACGAAACAGAAAAUAAUAAUGUAGAAAAUAAUGAAGCUAACGGUGAUAGUAAUGCAAAUGCUGCAUCAGGAAAAAGUCAAAAAAUCGAUAUUCUCAUUAAGCCAAAUUUAAAGAAAGGGGAAAAUAUAUGGGAAGCUAGAACUCAUUUGUUGGUUGAACAAAAAGAAAAUGCUGUAACGAAUGAUAAGGGAUCACAUUAUAGCUCCAGAAGAAGUAGGUCGCACUCAAAUAAAGUAAGCAGGGGUAGUAGUCGAAGAAGAGAAGGAAGUAGUAGGAGAAGAGAUAGUAGUAGAAGACGUGAUAGUAGUCGUAGAAGGGAUCGUUAUAGUAGACGAUAUGAAAGAAGGUCCGAAAGAAAAGAUGAUAGUAGAAGGGAAGAAAGAAGAGGUGAUAGCAGAAGAGAUAGUAGUAGAAGAGACAGCAGUAGAAGGAAUGAUAGAAGAGAUGAAAGUAGACGUGAUGAAAGUAGAAGGGACGAAAGUAGAAGAGACGAAAGUAGACGUGAUGAAAGUAGAAGAGACGAAAGUAGAAGAGACGAAAGUAGACGUGAUGAAAGUAGACGUGAUGAAAGUAGACGUGAUGAAAGUAGACGUGAUGAAAGUAGACGUGAAGAAAGUAGACGUGAUGAAAGUAGACGUGAAGAAAGUAGACGUGAUGAGAGUAGAAGAACUGCUGAUGAUAGAAAAGAUGAUCAUGCUGAUAGUGUUACCACUAAAAAAGAUGAUUAUAAAAGAAGAGGAACAGAUGAUAGUAAAAAAGAAGAAAAUAAUAGAGGUGGAAGUUCAUAUGAUUAUAAUAAUAGAAAACAUAGAACAUAUGAUAAACAUAGUAGUAGUAGGAAUAAUUAUGAUAGAAAAAGAAAUAGUAGAUAUAGUGUUUCAGAUAAAAAAAAUUAUGAUAAUAAAAGCUAUAUAUCAGAUGAUAAAAGAAAACAUAGAGAUUCAUAUGAUAAAAGUUUUAGAAAUUCACAUGAUAGAUUAAGUUAUAAAGAUAACUAUGAAAAAAAUAAUAAUAAAGAUAUAGUAUAUGAAAGAAAUAGCUAUAUAGAUUAUGAUAAAAUGGAUAAUAAAUAUUUCUCCAAUAAUUAUAAUUCCUUAAGACAUAAUAAAAAUUAUAAACAUCAUGGUUCUCAUUCGAAAAUAAAUAAUUAUAAUUAUUCAAGUAAUUAUAAAUCAUCCAAUUAUUAUAAAUAUUCAUCCAAAGGUAGCUUUUAUAAAGAUACCAAAACUUCAUCAAAACAAAAUGAUAAAGAUAAGCAAGAACCAAAAUCAGAAAUCCAAACUAUUCCAAAGAAAGCUAUUGUAACAGCUGUAAAAACAAAUAAUGUUUCUAUAAAAAAAAAUAGAUACGAAUGUUUAGGAGAUGCUGACGAGAGCGACAAAUAA